AUGCUCGAGGAGGAUCCUCGUGUGCCACGAUAUAGCCAACUAUCCAGCGGAUAUCACCAGCAGCGUCAACAAUGGGAGGUGGACCGUCGCGCUGAUAACGUUCGCGUCCUGGUUGGCCAGGACGAUGACACACUGAUGAACCAGUUCUGGGACUCUCAGCGGGAUAUUGACGUCGCCUUGCAACAGUCGUCGGAGGCGUCGCACACCGCGACUGCUCUGCGGCAGUCGAAUCGGGAAUUACUGGAGCGGGUGAGGACACUGGAACGCGCGAUUCACGGUCGCGUGCAGACUGGAGCGCAGGAUCGGGAGUAUGUACCUGGAUCGGAUGGUUCGAUGCGACGGUGCGCACUCCGCGAGGGAUGGCCGACCUACGCACCUCCGGCUCAGCCGUCUGAGCCGUCGCAGGGAUCGUACCUGGGAAGUACUUCUUCA